CGCCUUUGAUGUGCUGACCCGCCAGCUCCCGGAGCGGCUCUGCCGGCGCCCGCGCCCAGCGCCCUGCGCCCCGCGCCCGCAGCCCGCCCAGGCGGAGUCGGCCCGCGCUCCGCCCGCCGCACCCCGGGCUCGGAGGUCGGGAUCCGGGCUCGCCGCCUCCCGGGCCGGCUCUGCGUCCCGCGCCCCCCCAGCCCUACCCGGGCAGAGCGCACCAUGCCGCAGCUGGACGCGGGAGCGGGCGGCGGCGACGACCUCGGGGCGCCCGACGAGCUGCUGGCCUUCCAGGACGAGGGCGAGGAGCAGGACAAGAGCCGCGACAGCGCCGCGGGCCCCGAGCGCGAUCUGGCCGAGCUCAAGUCCUCGCUGGUCAAUGAGUCCGAGGGCGCGGCCGGCGGCGCGGGGGUCCCGGGGGUCCCGGGGGCCGGCGCCCGCGGCGAGGUCGAGGUCGGGGCCGAGGCUCUCGGGCGGGAACACACUUCGCAGAGACUUUUCCAGGACAAACUUGGGGAGUCUCUGGAGGAUGGCCUGAAGGCCCCGGAGUGCGCCAGCGGCAUGUACAAAGACACCGUCUACUCUGCCUUCAACCUGCUCAUGCACUACCCACCCACCUCGGGAGCAGGGCAGCACCCCCCGUCGUCGCAGCCUCCCAUGCACAACAAGGCCAGUCAGCCUGCCCAUGGUGUCCCCCAACUAUCUCCCCUCUAUGAACAUUUCAGCAGCCCACACCCCACAGCUGCACCAGCUGACAUCAGCCAGAAGCAAGUUCACAGACCUCUACAGACCCCUGAUCUCUCUGGCUUCUACUCUCUGACCUCAGGCAGCAUGGGACAGCUUCCCCACACUGUGAGCUGGCCCAGUCCUCCUCUCUACCCCCUGUCCCCUUCAUGUGGAUAUAGACAGCACUUCCCUGCCCCCACCACAGCCCCUGGCGCCCCCUAUCCCAGGUUCACCCACCCAUCCCUGAUGCUAGGCUCCGGAGUACCUGGCCAUCCUGCAGCCAUCCCCCACCCAGCCAUUGUGCCUCCAUCAGGGAAGCAGGAGCUGCAACCCUAUGAUCGUAGCCUGAAGACUCAGGCAGAGGCCAAAGCAGAAAAGGAGGCCAAGAAACCAACCAUCAAGAAACCCCUCAAUGCCUUCAUGCUGUACAUGAAAGAAAUGAGAGCCAAAGUGAUUGCCGAGUGCACGCUCAAAGAGAGUGCUGCCAUCAACCAGAUCCUGGGCCGCAGGUGGCACGCACUGUCUCGAGAAGAACAGGCCAAGUACUAUGAACUAGCACGGAAGGAGAGGCAGCUACAUAUGCAGCUGUACCCAGGCUGGUCAGCACGGGACAACUAUGGCAAAAAGAAGAGGCGGUCAAGGGAAAAGCACCAGGAAUCCAAUACAGACCCUGGCUCGCCUAAGAAAUGUCGUGCUCGCUUUGGCCUCAACCAGCAGACGGAUUGGUGUGGUCCGUGCAGGAGGAAAAAGAAAUGCAUUCGGUACUUACCAGGAGAAGGCCGCUGCCCCAGCCCCGUUCCUUCCGAUGACAGUGCUCUAGGCUGCCCUGGGUCCCCAGCCCCCCAGGACUCACCCUCAUAUCUCCUGCUGCCCCGCUUUCCUACAGAACUGCUUGCUAGCCCUGCGGAGCCAGCACCGACAUCACCAGUUCUCUCAGCAGCUCUCAGCCUCCCAGCCCCCUGGCCCCCCAUAGGGACCCAGCAGCACCCUGCAGAGUACACAGGCACACCUACAGGGAUCUCAGAGACAGGCAGCCUAGCAGGCAUGAGACAUGUGGCCUCCUCUGAGGGCACACCCUCUGAGAGAAGACAGAGCCCCAGACCACGUGGAAACCGGCCAGGGACCUUGUUAACUUCUCUGAGUACAAGUCCCGGAGAUUUCAGAGGCUGCACAACUUCUGCCUGAACCUGAGGCCAUCAGUUCAAACUGCAAUGGGAAUCAGCUCUAUUCUGUCAUCUAAUCAAGAGCCCCUCAUACCCAAGACAGCCUCCAUCUCUUUUUACCAUCUGUCUUGCCAGUCAUAUGCCCCUAUAUCCCUUGCUUUUCUGCUAUAGAUCAUAGAAGGGCUGGACCGAGCCCAGCUGCCUUUGCUUCCAGAUUUGCCCUCCUCACAAAACACUCCACAGACCAACAACGAGCGUUUAUCAAAAGCCACAUAAGCAUGGCUAUAACCACAAAGCUCUUAUAACAAUGCUUCUCUCUUAAGGUCCUGGAGAAGCUCUGUUUACAGAAAACCAGCUGUUUGUAAGCUGGACCAGAAGGGGCUUCUUGCUAUUCUCAGGAGCUUGCAAGGAGAGGAGGGAAUGGAAUAAGUUUAGGCCUAGCACCAUAGGCAGUAAGAAUAACCUGACACUCACUUCCUUAUCAAGAAAGCGUGGAGGAUGGUGAUGGAGUAUCAGGCUCAAUUUACUUGGAAAUAUUUCCAGAGAACUUAACCUGCCUACGAAGUCCCAGGUAUGUCACUAGUGAAAACAAGUCAUUGUCCAAAAACCAGUAUGUAUCCUUCCCUAUUCUAGAAUCUUUCUCAAAGCUGUCUCCAGCUUACCCAUGUCAGUCUAGCUUGCUUCUUGUGUAUUUAUUUGUGAAGGACAAACCCCAACCUCAUGACAGCCAAUACUCACCUCCCAGAAUGAAAUCAGGCCACCAUCAGUUUCACUAGGGGGCUAGAAAAUAAAAAGGACUAUUCCAACCAAAGCAAGGAGCCCAGAAAGCCUCCAGCAAUGGACAAUGGGUUUUCACCACAGCCUAUUUAACCCAUUUCUGAGCCAAGCUUUAACCCUGAGCCUUAAACAGUUUUAAUUUAACUUGUUUUUGCCUCCUCAAUGUACAUAGCCUGAGUCCAAAGGAAUAGGGCUGUCUGUGUACACCACUCCCUCAUCAAAAGUUCUACUAAAGUUCCUACUUUAGCUACUGGUUCCUCAGAAUCCAAAGAUAUAUUCUAGCAUAUUGUUGCAAGAAGCCUUGAAAGAGAAAAAGGACCAUUGUAGCAUUCAAGAUAUUUUUGUAUUGUUAAUGCAUUGCCAUAGAACAAAUUUUCUAAUGUGAGAAUAAAGAUACUUUUUACUGGG